UUUACAGGACAGAGGAGCAGAGGGAAUCGAGUGAGUGUCGGCUGUAGAUGAGGGAGGGGGGGCUUCCAGACUGGAUGGGCCCAGCAAUGUCUUGAUGGAGUAUGGGCCAGGUUUUAGGAUUCUCCCACUGUCAGGAAUAUGGCUCUGUGGCAUCCACUCCAGACUCAACACCUCCAUGCACCGAUGGUGGCAACGAGGAGUCAGAGAUGUGCGACCUGCAGACAGCCAGAGAAUGGUCUGAUGAUGAUGAAGUGGAGGAGGCAGGAGAUCCAAAUGAUGAUGAUGAUGAAGGACACGCUUCAUCUCCAUCCAUCUGGGAAACCCCUCGCCAGCAUUCCUUCGAGCUGACCUUCUCUUACAUUGCCAUCGCAGAGGCUGAAGCAGUUGGGAGCUCACGGCACCAUCGUGAGCGGCGCAGGGCUGUCCCUCGGGUGGGUCGCACUCCUUUGAUUCGAACUGACACAUUGGAAAUGCUGUUGGACUCCACUGAUGUAGACUGGGAGACACAGGCUUUUUUCAAUCAAGAUGAAGACGAGGAAACAUCAGGGAAUGGAGCCUUGGACCCAGCAGAACCAAGGACAGCAAGCCCUGGUAGAAGAAGGGAAAGGGAACAAGGAGACUCUAUUAGAGUGCAACCCUCCCCUGAAACUGUAGACUCUGAAAGCCAAAGGACAGACACAGGAGAUGGGCAAGAGGACAGUGAAAGCCAGACUGGCCAAACUCCUUCUGAGAUCCAUUCAUCUCAACAACACAAUCCCUCACAGACAACUCUGGCUGCAGAGGAUUCACCAACCUUGCAGCCUGAGUCUCCCGUCACCUUGGAAACCAUUUCAGUCAAGCUGCUCACAUCUGUGAGACCCACAGAUCCAGCAUGCUCAUCUCUGGCAUCUGUAGGCGUUAACUCUCAGGAACAGCUGGUCAGAGAUCACUGGUUUUCAGCACAGUACCUAACAGAAGAUCUGACUGUGAGCAUCCGCGUAGCAGUGAUGGACCUAAUCUACUGGAAGGACACAGAAAGAAGUGGCAUGGUGCUCACAGCCUUGGUGGUGGGCUUACUUUCCUUGUUCCAGCUCAGCAUCAUCACUGUGGUCUCCACAGUCUCAGUGGCAGUCACGUGUUUCACCAUCUCAGUUCGCAUCUACUACCAGUUGCUCUAUAUCCUCAGCUGGGGGGACGGAGAAAAUCCCUUCAAGUCAUACUUGGAUAUGGACAUCAGUUUCAGUGGAGAACAGGCUGACUUCUACAUGCAAAAAGCCAUUUUUCUGGCUCUGUCUGCUGUUGAUUCCCUAAGGAGGCUGUUUUUUGUAGAAAAUCUUUUUGAAUCCCUCAAGUUGCUGUUUCUGAUGUACCUCGUCACAUACCUGGGAGCCCUUUGCAAUGGCCUUACUAUUCUCAUCAUAAGUGUGAUUGCUCUCUUUUCUUUGCCACUUUUCUAUGAAAGACGACAGGAGCAAGUGGACGGCUUUAUUGGAAAAAUUCAGGCCAAAAUUGACAACGUCAAGGACUUUCUGCGAAGACUUGCCCAAGGUGGAGGCCCGCCUCCUGAUACAACUCCUGGUGGUGCCAAACCUAAAACCCAGUAGAAAUUUUAUGGACAAUACUUUUAAGGAGAAGCUGCCAGAGCUGCAGACUUCACUCAAUGUCUUACUCAGCAGUGUGUCCCUCCACUAAACAUCUCUGCAGAAGCUGGGAUCAUGAAGGAAAGAGCAAUGAUGUACUGUAUACUCAAACUGUGUCUCAUUUCUAGGGGUUAGAGGAUGAAGCUCAGGUUUUCUAAGGGUGAAAUCACAGUUACUGAGUCACCCUGCUGUCAGAGGGGAACAUCAUCCAAGGAAAUAUAAUUUUAGUGUGUUUUAAAAGAGAUUCAAUGAUUAUCUUAAAUAAGGUUGUAGUAUGAAUAAGUGUUGAAGAAUAUGAGUUGGAAUUUCUCACCAGAAAACACUCCUGAAACUGAGGACUUUGGUUAUUUGUUCAGGUGAUUUAACGGUAUAUGAGAGGACAAAAACAGGGAUCCUCAUGGCAGCAUAAAAAAGAUCACAUCUACAUCUCUAAUACAUUCUCACAACUAUUUAUCUGCAUGAACCCAGUUUGUUGUUUUGAAUGUGUGCAUCUGUUCUGACAAACUUACUGAAACAAACUUGCUCUGGUCGCAAACAAUUAAAGCCAAAUUUCCUCUUUAUUUUCUAAGAUGAUUUUUUUUUACUUCAAACCCAGAUUUCAUUUACUCUUCAGUUUGUUUUUUGUCUUGUUUUUUUUAUUCGUUCUGCGCCCCAGCUGAUGCUUUCCCCCCUUGUCAGGUGCACCAGAAGUGGAAGAAAAAUUAUGAACUUUUGACAGGAUGUUAGUUCUUGGGUGUUCUUUUCUCGAAAGGCUUAUGAUUUUAAACAGAUCCUCCCAGUGCCAUUGCUGGAAAAUUGAGAGAGUGAGAUACAGCAGGUGCCUUUUUUUCUGACUGCAGGUUUUUGUGCAUGAAAUCAUUCACAGUACUUAAAGCAAGCCUUCAUCCUCUUUAUCUGACCCUCACCUCCAAAGCAGAGAGAUUUAUGGGAUUACUGUAUAAUAUAUACAUGUGCACAAUGGAUCUUACCAGAAUUGUAACAAAUUCAGUUUCAGCAAUUUUAGAAGCAUUCAGGAUGCUCUGCUAUUUAAACCCUUAUCUUAUUUCUGCUAAUGCUUCAAACAAAUAAUGUCAUUCGUAUGCCUUACUGUCGUUCAGCUCUUGCAUUCUUAAAAAAAUAAAACAUAUAGACAUUAUAACUGAUAUAAACCAAAAUAUUGAAGCCUUCAGGUCUGAUUCCUACAAGGUCCUCUUUGUGCUUUUAGCUCCGGGUAUCUAUCCAAAAUAAUUUCUUUCAAUUAUAAAUUUCUUUUAAAAAAACAGGCGUUUGAGAAGUUAUUUACGGUUUCAAAUUGUUACAACUGAGAAGCUGCUGAUUCAGUCAGACCAAUUAUAUUUAAAAAAAAACCUCAGUGGCUGUAGAAAACCAUACUCUGGGUAUUUCAAAGUGCAGUUUAACUCUGUCUCAAAGCAAAAGUGGAAUGCUACAUAAAAUGUAAAUAAUAAAUGUAGAUUAUCACUGAUAAGCAAUUUUCUAGCGGAAGCAUCUAGAAGUGUAGUGCCUUGCUAAGUUAUUAAUAGGCUCUGAAUAUUUUCACAUUUUAUCAUACUAAUACCACAGACUUUCAUGAGUUUUGUUAGGACUUUAUGUGAUAGACCAAAGUAAAACAAUCUGUUUGAACUUUUUGGGGAUGGCGCUAGAAGGUGACCCCCUGCUCCAAUGCCACGUUUUGCAGUCUAAGAGGUUUUCAAAUGGUAUUGUCCUAUUUUUAGCUCCAUUCAUUUUACCAUCAACACUCAACAGCUUCCAUCUCCCCAAUGCAUCCACACAGCAUAAUGCUUCCGCUUUUAUGUUUCAUCAUACGGAUCAUGUAUCCAGGGUGAUGUGUUCCCUUGUGGGGGACUUUAAAAGAAGAUUUAUAUAAUACUGUUUUCUCAGUCUUCAUAAUGUUCUUUCCUUAUUUCCACUCCACUACCUAUGCUCUACUUUGUGUUGAUCUAUUUCAUGAAAUCCAAAUGAAAUGUACUAAAAAAUGUGGCCGUAACAUGAUGAAAUGUAGCCUCUGCCAUGUAGAUCAACCAAUAAGCUAGCAUUUGAAAGGUUAGCAUUAAAGAUAACGGGAAAUUGAAGGGGUUGUUUAGAAAUUUUCUCUGAUUUCAAACUCUUACUCAAAGGCAGCAUUUUGUAUCAACUCUAGUAUUUUUCUCUGGACAUUUUAGAGUUAACUUGAUCUCAUAAAAUGUAUACAAGCUGAGUUUCCUGACAAUGGUUUCCAAAAAGAUUCCAGCAAACUAACGCUAAUCAACAUGUUUCUGGUAUCAGAUACAUAUAAAAAAGAAUUUUCCUGUUUCAAUUAGUUGAACUCCGCAAGACUAAUCAAAACAUUAGAAUUAUGUCUUUAUUUUGUGUUCUGUUGUUUACAUUUUACCCAGCAUCCCAACCCCUCUGGAUACAGGGUUGUAAGUCCAAACCUGAAUCAACAUUUAGUUCUUUUAAAACUAAUGAUGAUACAUAUGCAUUGUAGUUGGACACCAAUUAUUUUGUAUUCUGGGAAACCAGACUUUUAUCCUUUGAAGAAUAAACUAAUAAAACACUC